AUGGCGGACUUGCCUCCGUCUCACCCAACCAAUGCGAACACCAUAUCGACAUCGACCGACGCGCCAACGACGUCGACACAUCGUGAUUCGACACAUUCCAACUCGGCAUCGUCUACUCAACCGCAUGCAUCGACAUCUUCCGCACCCGCUGCGCACUCGUCGACAAUUUCACCCGGAUCCACGACACUAAUGUCGACAAACGAAAUCAUCGCGCGCUUCAUUCCCUUUCUCAAUCCUGUCCCUAUUCCAAUUAACUGGGAUAUGGGUAAUAAUGUCGCGUUACGACAAUUAGUUUCCACUCUUCUUGGUGACCCUACAGUGUUUGACAUGGUAGAUGAAGGAGCAAUGGAACAGAGUGCGACACCAGCGGAAGACCUGACAAUGCAGGAUGGAGCUCUGCUGCCCGGAGCGCCUUCGGCCACAGUGGAAGAGGAGCCACAGGAGCUGGUUAGCGAUACCGAUGCCGUUAUAGAUAACAUGGUGCCGGUGGAAGAUAACAAUGCUCCUCUUGGUUUCCGAGGCGAGAAUGUGGCUCCCGAUGUCGCGGUCGACAACGCGCAGGCGACUUACGAAGAGCAGACGGACGCUUCUCAUGCCAGCUCCAGUUCUUUGCACCGAUCUGGCUCCCAUCGCCGCUCAAAACCGCCCAGAGGUCAAUUUUCACCUGUCGAUUGGUCCACAACGCCGAGAACUGAGACGAGAGAUGGCAACGUCAUACUGAACCUUAGCCCGACUGCCAAACUACUUCUCGGACCUCCCUCUACGUCUCCGUCUCCGUUCCAGAGAAGCACAUCUAGCCCGAUUGCAAAUCCCAGUAUGAACCCCAGCGCGCUGCACAAUCUCGCCAGUUCUUUAUCAGCAAGUAGGCAUACGAUAGCAACGACACCUCCGCUGGCGAUGACCCCCACCAGAUCCUACACACUGCCGCCCCCGAUGGAAGGCUCAAUCGCUGAGCUGAGGAAGGCGACGUUAGGGACGGCGUAUACAGAUGCAUAUGUAUACGGAGAAGCGCUGAAGAGAGAGCGCAGCUUUGGUGGUCAUGAGACGGGCGAUGGAAGGGAAGGCAGAGUAGACAUGGUUAUGGGUGCAGAGGCGGGCGAGAGAAUGUUGAGUCCCCAGAGCGAAGAGGAGGAAGACGAAGAGGACAACGGCGAUGCUGAAGAAGGAAAUGAGGAUGAGGAUGAGGACGAUGAUGAUGACGAGCAGAGGGAUGAAUUAAUGGACGAUGAUCAAGACCAGACGGUCCAGGGGUCGAAAGGUGCUGCACUCGCUUCCGGCGUGGCGUCUAUAUCUCUGGAAGGGGAAUCAACCGCGGACAUUGUGUUGAAAGAGACCACAGAGUCCAAUGCAUCCUCAUUGUCAACUCUCACAUCUUUGGCUCCUUCGACUGUUGGAUCUACUCCCGAACGUGACAUACAGACAAACCCUACUCCGUCAGCUCAGGCUGAUUCUUCAUCUUUGCCUACGAUCGAUGCAACAACAACCAAUUUUGUUUCUCUAAGAAAGGAUUCUACUAUACGUCCUAUCUCUACUGUCGAACCCUCGAACUCGGCUGCCACUUUGUCUGUAUCUCAUACCGCUUCAACUGCGACUUUGUCAACGUCCGCCACUACAACGAUCCCAUUCACAGAUUCUCAGCAAUCUCAGACGAUAGAAGACGAAGAUACUGUGCACGCCUUGGUUAUGGUGGGAUCUCAGGAUUCACAAUUCAACGAAGAGAUGUAUGAUGUCAAUGCUGAUGAUACGAUGGGUAGCGCGCUCACAUCUUACGGAUACGAGGAUGAUGAAGAUGUGACAGCGCCUGUUCCGGAAAACACAUUGUCACCGCUCUUCACAACACCUUCGCAGACCCCCGCCCCCCAAGUUUCCUCUGCUGGCCCGUCCUCGUCACUUCAACGUCAAGAAUCUGCUCAUGGUGGUUCUUCAUUCGAUGAAGACCACACGAUGGACACGUCUACUCCCAUCAAGGCCAAAUCUGCAGCUUUCAAACAUGGUUCUAAUCUCGACGAAGAGGAGAAUUCAGAAACGACGAGGAUUGUCCAGGCGAAGAAAGAAUUGAAUAGCCCGAUAACUGUUCCAGCGCAGAUUGGACGAAAGUAUACGUAUAUCCCGUCCGAAUCGCCCUCACCCAGUAGGAUGUCCAAGCCUGCUAAAUUCAUAGCCCAGGCAAAUCCGAAAGCGUCGACGUCGAAAGCCCAUGCUACGAAUGAGAUUGCGGAAAACGUUUCUAAUGCUCCUGGAACGUCGUCUCAGCGCGCACCCAUGAAGCCCAAGAAGGAAGCUCUGACCAUCAAGAAAGAGAAACCAAGCACGUCGCAGCCCCCGGACGAUGUAAUAUCCAUUUCCUCUGAUACCGACGAUGAAAUCGUGGUUAGGCCAUCUCAAACUCAGACGCAGAAAAACCCUCCGACACUUUCGCAGAAACCUUCUACGCAGUCGAGAGCGACUGUUCCGAGGCCAAUCCCUGAUGCGAGACGCAAGGCUUCUGCUAAGACCAAUUCUCCUGAAAUUGUCGACCUUACAACACCUGUGAGGGCUGCCCCUGCGGCAGCAGCAAUGAGUUCUCGCCCACAAGUGCGAACUUUUGACCCUCUUUCUCAUCUCGCGUCAACUUCGAAGGCUCUGUCUGAAAAUCCUAAGAAGCUUGUAGAAUCUGUAAAGCCUGUGCCCGUUCAGGAGAAACCAACGACACACAAACCCGAGGAUAUCAAAGGGAAAGGGAAAGAAACUGCCGCACCGGCACCCGUGCCUGAACCUGAACCUGCUCCCGAAUCCCGAUUUUCCUCCCCAUUGACCGAAGAGGAAUCUGAGGUCGAGGAACCGGCCCCUCCUGUGCGCUCCCCCUUUGACCUCGUGAAAGCUACCGCGCGCAUAAUACAGCCGCCCAAUGCCUCCGACGAAGAUGCCCCUGUCAUAAGGAAUCAGACCAAGAAGAAGAUAUCAUUACGACCCGCCCCUUCUUUUGCCUCAGGAUUGUUCGACAGCAACCUGACGGGACAGAGCAAAGCAACCGGUACGACUGGAGCGCCCCCAAAAAAGAGCACCUUUACCGACCGGCUGACAGCAAAGUUGGGUAAAAGCGUGGCAGCUACGAGGAUAAAGAAGCGUAAGCGCCCCGAGGCGAGCCCUGAUGUGUCUAAUGAAAAUGCAGCAGCUGAAGAUGUGCCUGAACGUGAGCAACCGCCCUUAAAGAGGGCAAGGGCGCGUAGUGCUGCUACUACCGCGUCUUCCUCCUCUGUGCCCCCAGUAGGUAAAGGGAAGGUGGUGGAUCUGCGGCGGGCAAGUCUGAGAAAUAAAGAAAUGGUAAUUAAGGAGGAAGCCUCAUCAACAAGGUACCCAAUGCGGUCACCCCGAAAAGAUUCUGUCGGAAGCUCCGCUGCUUCUAUAUCGACUCCCACUUUGAAGAAAAAGCGCGAAUCUGAUCUGGUGUGGCCUAAGAUGCAGAAUCCUAAUUUUGAUCGCUUUGUCAAAUGCGACGAAUGCGAGACGUGGUACCACAUUGGGUGCGUAGGCCUGGAGCCGGACGACAAACACCUACAAGAUACAGAACAUUAUGUCUGUCCGGUGUGCACAGCUGGCAUCCCCAAAAGCAGUGAGUCUUUUGCACGAUAUUUCUUUCCUCAAAAUUCUAAAUCAAAAUCAUGUCUGGAUUUCGUAGAAUCCCCUGUCAAGAAAAUCAACGAUGAGGAAGUCAACGGCCUCAAAGCACCUUGCGCCAGGCCGCGCUGUCUCCUAACCUAUGUCAAACGGCGCACCAAGAACAAGAAUUCACAGCAACUGCUUCAAGAGCCACAGGUAUACCUCGUGGAGGCCCUCGUAGGGCGGCGCAAGACGGUCGUUAGUGGAAAGGGGAUAUCUUACGAAUAUCUAGUUAAAUGGCAAAACUACGAUUAUGUCGACGCAACUGUUGAAAACCUAGACAGCAUGGGGAUGUCUAAUCCUGGCCCUCUUGUCGAAGCUUUUGAAAAUCAGGCCAUUGCUGAAGGUAACAACUUCGAAGCAAGUGACACUGUUAUCCUCCAGGAAGCUGUCGAAGCCGGCUGGACCAAUGACAUGGUCUAUACAAAGCCUAAAUGA